AUGCAUUUUCGCUACUUACGCGCUAUUGUGCUGGCCAGUCUUCUCGCUGCCAGUACUUUGGCAAGAACAAAUUUCAAGUCAGCCACGUCACAGACACAGCAUUCAAGUGGAUCUCAGAGCAUUGACGAUGAAUUCAGGGUAUUAUCACUCCCUACAUUCCAAAAGGAAGUUUUGAUGACCAAAAAAAGCUUGUACCUACUUGGCUUGAAACACAUCGUCGCCUCAGUCAGACAUGUGGAGAUUAAAGUGACGCCAAAAGAAUAUGCUGCGAUAUGCGAAAUGAAAUUAGGGUCACAAAACCUCCUGGCGGACACGUCAUGGGCAAAAUGGGCCUACUUUGUUUGCCUUCGAGAAAUGGAUGAUUGGACGAGACGACACGAAGUAAUUCUUUCUGCUAUGAAGGAUAUAUUUACUUCAGGUGAUCUGGAUGUUAUAUUCAAAAGAGCGCUCCUGGAUUCUGAGACAAGUGAACUCGCUGUUGCACUAAUCAAUCAUGAUCCGCUCAUUUUUGACAGGGUAACAAAGAAGAUUCUUGCGGAGAUCAAUCGUCACAAUUUCUUUGGUGAUCAUUACAACGAGUGGGUCAAGUGUAUACGCAUUCAGAGUGGAGAUCAAGAUGAAGAGACAUAUGUGCUUAAAGAACUCAAACAUCUUACCGAGUUCUAUGGAGAGUCCGAUCUAGUUAGAAUCUUAACCUCUCCAAAAAAUCAAAAUGACAUAGGGCAGAAGUACAUGGAUGCUUUAUGUGCGGUUUGGCUGAACGACAAAAAGAGACCGGACGAUGUCAUGAAAAUGGUGAUUGGCACCAAGUAUCACCUCUUCAAUUUUCUCUAUCAUGGUCCUAGAACAAUUUCUCCUCAAGUGUGGGUGUCCUACCACUAUCAUUUCUAUGUAAUGUAUCCCAAUGAAGCACGUAUGUUGACGCUACUUGAUACGCUAACCAGUGCUAUCGGUCCCGCAAAAGUGGCGAUCAUGCUCUGGGCAGCGCAAAUGUCUCCAGAUUUGCUAGCCAGAGAGUGGGCCCUUUAUUUUCAAAAAGCACAAUAUCAGGAAUGGUUUGCCAAGGGGCUAUCAUCUGACACUGUUGAGAAGGAAGUAGCGAAUGACGUGAAGAUUGACGAUUUCGGAGUGUGUUUUAGAACUGAGCUGGCCAAUUACGUCCGCAAUGAAUACACCACGGCUCUUCUUCAUCCCAAUUUUAAAGAACUAAAUGUUCUUGGUCUCGAUAUUGGUUUACAAGGGACAUAA